AUGCUAGCCAACAAUAUAAAAACAAGAGCAUGAAUUGUUGGAGCAGGACCAGUAGGAAUGAGCGUGUCCCUGCUUCUCAAGAAAUUUGGAAUAGACUCAGUAGUCUUGGAAAGAGCACCAGGAAUCUCUCCUCACCCAAAAGCUCAUGUGAUCAUGCCCAGAACAAUGGAGAUAAUGAGAGGAAUUGAGGAGCAACUUGAACAAGAUGUAAUUAAUGCUGCUCCCCCAAGAGAACAAUGGACAAGCUAUAGAUACUGAAGACAUGUUCUUGACCUUGAUCCUUAUGGUAUUCACAAUCACUUCAAUGAUGGAAUUCAAAAGGAAAUGGAUAAAUUUAAGGAAUACUCUUUAUCCAAAGUGGUUCAUCUUUCCCAAAACAAAUUCUGUAGAGUUCUCAAAGACAGGCUGCUUCAAGAGAAGAUGAUGCUGACAGAUAAUGAAACAAAGACAAGAUAUUCUCCCCUUCUGUUCAACCAUAACUUCAUUGAUUAUGAGAUUGGUAAGGAAGAUCACAAAAUCAGGGUCAGAGCUGUAGAUAUUAAAAAUAGUGAAAUCCGGAAUAUUCAAUGAAAAUAUCUUAUUGGAUGUGAAGGAGUUCAUUCCAAGAUCAGAGAAUCUAUCGGAGGCGAACUCAUAGGUCAUCUAGGAAUCUCAGACUUCAUCAACAUUCAUUUUAGAAGCAAGCAGCUUGGGGAUGCUAUUAAGAAGAAGAACGUGCAUGCAAUGCUUUACUUUAUCUACAAUACUAAAAUUGCUACAAUUUUAGUGAACCAUAGCACUGAAGAUGGGGAAUUUGUACUUCAGACUCCUUAUUUUCCUCCUAUUCAGCAGCUUGAAGAUGUAACUGAUGCUGAAGCUAGAAGGAUGGUCCUGAGCUCGAUCAAUUCAGAUAGAAAUAAUGGAACCUUCUUUUCUCCUGAUCUGGAACCUCCUGAGAUUACAGAAAUUGAUGAAAUCUUAGGCGUUGGCCACUGGACAAUGUCUGCUUGCGCAUCUGAUGUUAUGGGAGACCAUAUGAAAAACGUAUAUUUGGCUGGAGACUCUGCUCAUUCUGUACCUCCAGCCGGAGGUUACGGAAUGAACGCAGGAAUCAGUGACGCCCAUAAUUUAGCAUUCAAAAUUGCAGAUGCUGAACAUAAUUCAAACACUGAGGGUCUGAAAUUUUACAAUAAAGAAAGAGGAUUUAUUAAUAAACUAACUGCCAAAUAUGCUAAAAUUAAUUUUCAGAAAGGAGAGAAUAUUGUAAACAAGCUGAAUGUUGAUCUUGGGAGCUUCAAAAGCUUCUCUAAAACUAUCUAUGAUUCUGUUCCUUCAAUUGUUUCUUCAACCUUUGGGAAAUCUGCUGUAAAUUUUGCUCAAAGUACUGCUUUGAAGUUGUCAAUGCAAUCACAUUUGAUUGAAGAGAAGAAAAAGUACUUAGAAGAUUAUGAGAAUGGAAUUGCUUUACUUUUCCCAAACCUGGAAUACUCCUACUCAUACCCUGUUGAUGACGAGCAUGAGAAAAGAGUGGAAAGAUUUUUGAAUGAAAAUUAUGAUAAGAGGAAAUACAUCCCUGUUAAUUCUACAGGCUCUCUUCUCCCUCUAUUCUCAUUAUGGUGUCCACACGAGAAGCAAGUCUUCCAAUCAAGAGAGUAUGUUUAUCAGUACCAGAAUGAAGAAAAGAAACCUUAUUAUUUCCUCUUCAAGUUUGGCAAGAGUUCAGAAGAUACUAAGGAUAUUGAAUGGAUAGAGGGAGAUACUACAUGGGUUGAGAAAAUCAUGAACUCUUCACAAGAGUGUUUACAUAUUGCUCAUGUUCUUAACACUCAAGAUCCAGCUUCUAAUGACAAAGAUACCUCUAAAGUGUUUGAAGUCCAAAGCACAAAGCUAGGAUUAGACUCAACUAGACCAGGAUGUGUCCUAGUCCGCCCUGAUGGGCACAUAAUAGCUAAAGGUUACUGCUAAAUUCCUAAAUUCAA